GUUUGUCAAGUGGUGGACUUUUAGGGGGAGCACAAGGGAAAAGUAGCUUUUUUCACCCGUUGGGCAUGUCGGUGAUUGCCCAUCUUUUCCAAUAGAGAUUUUCUAGACUUUUUGGUUGGGCAACAUUCUGUAGGCUAUGCGUAUCGUCUCGCUUCUCGUUGUGCUCGCCGGGUACAGUUUGGGUGUGCAGGCAGGCGGAGGUCGACCUUCACCAGAACCGACCCCUUCGUCCAGCCUUCCUCUUCCCCUUCCUACGGGCUCGCUACCACUUCCGUCAAGUGCUCCCUCCUCCGUUCCAACUCCCCUUCCUAGUUCCGUUCCUAGUUCGACGGUAUCCUCGCAACCUUCGAUAACUGUACCUCCCUCCGCAUCGGCGACAGUGUCCAGAACGAUUGUAACAACUGUCUCUCAAGUCCCUUCGUCAACUCAGUCUCGGUCAAUAGAAACAACAGCAUCGGACACGGCAACGACAAGCACACCAACCACCACAAAUGCGCCCGUAAAGUCCGAAGAUAACGGUUCAUCAACAGGACGUACCAUUGGUAUUGCGGCCGGUGUCGUCGGAGGAUUCUUUGCAGCACUCGGUGUCAUGACGUGUUUUGUGCGGAGCUCGAGAAAGGCAGCUGCGAAACUUGAUGCGGACGGUGCGGCUGCCAGUGGCGGUGCAAUGGGAGCGAUCCGACGGACAUUGACUAGGAAAUACGCUGGAUCGAGACCAACGAAUGCUCCCGUACCUCCGCCAAAGGUGGCAAAAUGGGAGGAGCUUUAUGAAGAUGAUGUCCCCUUGCAACAGCGAGGUUAUACUCGUGGCUAUGAGGGUGGACCUCCAACUAUGCAAAGUGAUGCAAUGUACUGGCAGCAACAACAGCCAUAUGUACAGCAACCUUAUCCUCCUCCCCCGGCUGCAUACGGCGGGCAACAGCCGUAUGCUUACGGACCGGAAUAUGGAUAUGGACAGCAACCUUAUGGAUAUGUACAACCAGGCUAUGGCCCACAAGACUAUGGUCAGCAGUAUACAUCUCAACCUAUGGGGGCGCCGGCUGGCGUACCGGCUCCGACACCAAUGUCUCCUGCAACGGCUGCACCCGCUGCAGCACCCGCUGCGGCACCCGCAGUGAGCACAGCUACCUCAUCUGCCGCCGGUGCUCCGGUGGCCCCACAACGAGUAAACGUACCGCCCUCAAGUGAGGCCGUACCGCCUUCCCCAUAGUACUAGAUAGUUUUAGCUUGUAAUUAGAAUCUUCUCCAAAGAGAAAAGUAGUUAUUUUUGUAGUUUGCUGUGUGCUUCUUUGUUUAGAGUAUGUAGAGCGAGAGGCAGACAAUAGAUAAAAAUAGUUGAAAUUUGACAAAAAAGGCCGCCCAAAAUUCUUAAAGCUUUGGCCUACACUACAUGAAUACACUAUGGUAGCAUGUCAAUACAAGGAAAAUAGUCACCAAAA